UGGUAACCGACCCUAUUCCUGGAUAUCUACCUGUAGGUUUUCAUUUCAACCCUAAUUCGGCACACCUGACUCAACUAAUUAGCAGCUCGGCGAGAUCUCUAGCUGUUGAACUCGGCGUUCUUUGUUCGUGUGGAAAUGGAAAAACCUCCGGGAUGGCAGCUAUAUCUCCAGGAACAGGGUUGGUUACCACUGUGAUAAGGGGGGGAUCCACUGAAGCAAAUGACCUUCAACGACCUCCGCAGCCACAGGAAGUUCUGCCAUUUUCCUGAGGAAAUUGAACUCUGGGAUUAAUCAUCACCGGCGUCCCCCCCGACUCCCCCCUCACCUUGGGGCCCUCUGUAUGGCGGAACGAGAGGAAAAGUACUGCCGAAUUUUAAGUCCGCCCUCCCUUCCCAAUAAGCACAGUGAUGUGAGAACUCUGAAGUGCACGCUGGCAAUCCCCUCUCACAGAGCAUGCCUGUGAGUCCGGCAGCCCGCAAACAUGAGCCAUCCGACCGGCAGCAGCAGCAGCGGCAGCAGCAGCACUGCGCGUCCAACGGCAACCAGGGGGACUCGGACAGCUCCAGAGAGGACGGCGUGUACGACACCAUCCGGCCCGCCGCCAACAAGCCCCCCGCCCCACCCAUGGAGGAUCCCCAGGGCAGCGUCGCCGUCAUCCGCAUAGGGAUCCCGGACCUGCAGCAAACCAAAUGCAUGAAGUUCCACACAGAAGCCCCCGUCUGGGUCUCCAAGCAGCGCAUCCUGUGCAGCCUGAACCAAAGCCUGAAGGAUGUGCUCAACUACGGCCUGUUCCAGCCCGCCUACCACGGCAAGGCCGGGAAGUUCCUGGACGAGGAGCGCCUGCUCAAAGACUACCCCCUCCCCGUGGUCGCCCCCGUCCCAUAUCUGGAGUUUCGCUACAAGAGGCGUGUCUACACCCAGACCCACUUGGAGGACAAGCAGCUGGCCAGGCUCCACACCAAGGCGAACUUGAAGAAGUUUAUGGAGUAUGUCCAACAGAGGAACGUUGAAAAAGUGGCGAAGUUACUAGAGAAGGGGCUUGAUCCGAACUUCCACGACCCGGACACGGGAGAAUGCCCGAUGACCAUGGCGGCCCAGCUGGAGGGAUGUGCCGAGCUGAUAAAGGUGCUGAAGAGUGGUGGAGCUCAUCUGGACUUCAGGACCAGAGACGGGAUAACAGCCCUGCACAAGGCCGUGAGGACCAAGAACCACACCGCCCUCAUCACGCUGUUAGACCUGGGUGCGUCCCCGGACUACAAGGACAGCCGGGGGCUGAGCCCGCUGUACCACAGCUCCAUGGUGGGGGGGGACCCGUACUGCUGCGAGCUGCUGCUGCACGACCACGCCCAGGUGGGCUGCAUGGACGAGAACGGCUGGCAGGAGAUCCACCAGGCCUGUCGCCAUGGGCACGUGCAGCAUCUGGAGCACCUCCUGUUCUACGGAGCGGACAUGAGCGCGCAGAACGCCUCGGGGAACACGGCGCUGCACGUCUGCGCGCUCUACAACCAGGAUAGCUGUGCGAGGGUUCUACUGUUUCGAGGGGCCAAUAAAGAGAUCAAGAACUACAACAGUCAAACGGCAUUCCAGGUGGCAAUUAUCGCUGGGAAUUUUGAUCUGGCGGAAAUAAUAAAGAUUCACAAACCAUCAGAUGUUGUGCCUUUCAGGGAGACGCCCUCCUACACUAACCGCCGUCGCGUGGCGUCCGGCAGCGGCACGCUGACCUCGCCCCGCUCGCUGCUGCGCUCCGCCAGCGACAACAACCUGCACGCGGACGGGCACGCGGCCCCCGCCCACUCGCCCGUGCCCUCGCUGCGCAGCCUGCCGCCGCUGGGCCCCCCCGCGGGCGCCGGGGCGGGGCCGGGGGCGGGCGAGGCCGGGGACAGCCUGCAGAGCACGGCCAGCUCCCGCAGCUCGCACUCCCGCUCGCCCUCGCUGCACCGCGUGCCAGAGGAGGCCGACCGCCUCAGCCUGCGCAGGCAGCCCCGCGGACGCCUCAGCCCCAGCACGGUCCAGCGGGAGCCCAGCCCCCCUCCCCAGCCGCCGGCCCUCGCCGGGCCCCGGGGCCCCAAGAGGAAACUGUACAGCGCCGUCCCCGGCCGCACCUUCAUCGUGGUCAAGCCCUACACGCCGCAGGGGGACGGCGAGAUCCAGCUGAACCGCGGGGAGAGGGUGAAGGUGCUGAGCAUCGGUGAGGGGGGAUUCUGGGAAGGCUCGGUGAAGGGGCGCACCGGCUGGUUCCCUGCAGAAUGUGUGGAGGAGGUGCAGAUGAGGCAGUACGACCCACGGCUCGAGACGCGAGAAGACAGGACUAAGAGGCUCUUCAGGCACUACACGGUGGGAUCCUAUGACAACUUCACCUCAUACAGCGAUUACAUCAUCGAGGAGAAGAGUGCUGUCCUGCAGAAGAAGGAGAGCGAGGGAUUUGGAUUCGUGCUCCGAGGGGCGAAAGCGGAGACGCCCAUCGAGGAGUUCACGCCCACGCCGGCCUUCCCCGCGCUGCAGUACCUGGAGUCCGUGGAUGUGGAGGGCGUGGCCUGGAGGGCGGGGCUUCGGACGGGAGACUUCCUCAUUGAGGUGAACGGGGUCAACGUGGUGAAGGUGGGGCACAAGCAGGUGGUCUCCCUAAUCCGGCAGGGGGGCAACCAUCUCCUCAUGAAGGUGGUCUCUGUCACCCGCAAGCCCGAAUCGGAGGAGGUGGUCCGCAAGAAAGCGCCCCCGCCCCCCAAGAGGGCCCCCAGCACCACGCUCACGCUGCGCUCCAAGUCCAUGACGGCCGAGCUGGAGGAGCUGGCUUCCGCGCGGAGGAGGCGAGGGGAGCGGCUGGACGAGAUGCUGGCCUCCCAGGAGCCCGUGCUGCGGCCGAAGGUGGCCGAGGCCGACUACCGAGCCGCCACCGUCAAGCAGCGGCCCACCAGCCGCAGGAUCACGCCGGCCGAGAUCAGCUCGCUGUUUGAGCGGCAGGGGAUGGCUCUGCACGGGGUGCUGCCGGCGGGGGUGGAGAAGGAGCACAUGCAGCUGCCGAAAGGCAUGUCCCGGACCAAGUCCUUCGGCUCCACAGAGGAGGACCGGCUGUCGGCUUUGGCGGGAGAACCCCGGUUUCCACGGAGCUCGUCGAUGACGGACAGCCUCAGAGAAGGCCAGAGCAUCCCUCCCCCUCCCCAGAUCGCCCCUCCCCCUCCUCCCCCGUCCCCGUACUUCCUGGACACGGGACCGCCCCCGGCCUUCUGCCCGCCCCCUCCGCCGGGGCGGGGCCAGGACCAGACGCGCUCCAGCUUCAAGCCGGGGGCGGAGGCGCGGGUCCACGGGCUGAUGGCGGCGGCGGCGGGGGGGGCGGGGGCGGGGGGCGGCGAGGCGUACGAUUCGCCCCGGGCUUUGGCGCACGCCGAGCGGCAGAAGAAGGCGCGGUCCAUGAUCAUCCUCCAGGACUCCGCCCACCUGCCCGUGGAGCCCACCGACAUCCCGCGGCCGGGCCCCGCCUCCACGCCGCCGGAGAAGCUGAAGAGGAAGGGGCGGGUCCUCGACAACCCGUACGCCAACGUGGGCCAGUUCAGCAUGGGGCUGUACACGCCCGCCAAGCCGCAGCGCAAGAAGAGCCCGCUGGUCAAGCAGCUGCAGGUGGAGGACGCGCAGGAGCGCGCCGCCCUGGCCUCCGCCCACGCGCGCGACCUGUCCCCCACGGGCCGCCUGCCCCACCUCAGCCGCGCCGCCGACUUCUACGCCCAGCAGCUGCUGCAGGAGCGCGCGCGGGCCGCCGGGGAGGGCCCCUUCGCCGCCGCCAUCGCCGUGGCGGUGCGGGACCGGGAGAAGCGGCUGCAGGACGGCAGGAAGUCCACGGUCUUCCUGUCGGUGGGCGCGGGCGAGAGCGGGCCGCCGGCGGCCGAGGCGCCCUCGCUCACCCAGUCGCGCUCGGUGGACGAGCGGCUGCUGACGCGCGAGCUCGGCCCGCUGCCCCCGCCGGCCCUGGUGCUGCAGCCCUCGCCCGGCGGCACCACCUUCAUCCACCCGCUCACCGGGAGGCCCCUGGACCCCAACUCGCCGCUGGCGCUGGCGCUGGCCGCAAGGGAGCGGGCGCUGACGUCCCAGAGCCAGUCUCCUGCCAGCAGCCCCGAGCCGCGCGCCAAGCACGAGCGGGCGGGGCCCCUGUUCGCCCCGCCCCACUCCAAAGAGGCGGAGCGGCCCGAGACCGAGGGCGGGCUCGGCGCCGCCCCCUUCUCCCCGGAGGCCAAGGGAGGCUUCGAGCCCGUCUCGCGCGCCGCGACCCCCCCCAAAACGCAGUGGGGCCCCCCCGCCCCGCUCCGCAACGAGGUGGAGGCGCCGGCCGAGCGGAAGGCGGAGGACAGGAAGGGCGUGGUCAUGAGCAUCGUGGACACGUCGCAGCAGAAGACGGCCGGCCUCAUCGUGGUGCACGCCAUGAGCAACGGGCAGGCCGAGGAGGCGGAGCCGUCCGCGUCGCCCACGGGGCACGGCCCGCCGGACACGCCCACGCCCACGGAGCCCCCCCAGCCCGCCCCGGCCGAGGCAGCGCGCGGCCCCUCCCCGAGCCCCGAGGCCCCGCCCGCCCAGCCGCCGCCCCCGCCGCCGCCCGCCAGCCCCUCGGGGGAGAAGACGCUGGCGCAGGGCAGCUCGGAGGAGGACGUGGAGCCCUACGCCGUGGCCCUCCCGCCCGCGCUGCUGUCCUCCAGCGACGAGGAGACGCGCGAGGAGCUGCGCAGGAUCGGCGUGGUGCCGCCGCCCAAUGAGUUCGCCAACGGCCUGCAGGCCCGAGCAGCGGACGCGCCCGCCCCGGAGCCAGCCGAACCGACCGCCCCCCCCGCCCCGGCCCCAGCAGCCCCCACCCCCACCCCAGCAGCAGCAGCAGCAGCGGCGGCUCAGCCCCCUCCUGCUGGUGGAGCACCCUCAGGGAAAGCCACGGACGCAACUCCGCCCACGCCCGAGUCUGCCGCCGACUCCGGGGUGGAGGAGGCGGACACGCGCAGCUCCAGCGACCACCACCUGGAGACCACGAGCACCGUCUCCACCGUCUCCAGCAUGUCCACGCUGUCGUCGGAGAGCGGCGAGCCCACAGACACCUACACUUCCUACGCCGACGGGCAGACUUUUAUACUCGACAAGCCGCCAGUGCCUCCCAAGCCCAAACUCAAGUCCCAGCUCGGCAAGGGGCCGGUGACCUUCAGGGACCCCCUGCUGAAGCAGUCCUCGGACAGCGAGCUGCUCCCCCAGCAGCACGCCGCCGCCGCCGCCGGCCGACCCCGCUACCUCUUCCAGAGACGCUCCAAGCUUUGGGGGGACCCCCUGGAGGCCCGGCCGGCCCCGGGCCCCGAGGACGGGAAGCCCACUGUGAUCGGGGAGCUGAGCUCCAGGCUCCAGCAGCUCAACAAGGACACGCGCUCGCUGGGGGAGGAGCCCCUGGGGGCCUCGCUGGACCCCGGGAGGAAGUCACCGGUGUCAGGUGCCAGACUUUUCAGUAGUUUAGGAGAGCUUCACACCAUUUCGCAGAGGAGCUACGGAGCCACGUACACAAUCCGACCGGGCAGCCGGUACCCUGUGACCCGCCGGACCCCCAGCCCGGGGAAGGGCUCCCCGGACCGGACCGACCCGCUGGGGCCCAUCAGGGGCUUCGGGCUGGCCGGCUCCCCCACCACGCCCCCCACCAUCCUCAAGUCGUCCAGCCUGAGCAUUCCGCACGAGCCCAAGGAGGUGCGCUUCGUCAUGCGCAGCUCGAGCGCCCGCAGCCGCUCGCCCUCGCCGUCGCCCUCCCCCUCGCCCGCCCUCUCCCCGCUGCUCGCCCUGCGGCCCUUCCACCAGAAGCCCCUGCAGCUGUGGAACAAGUACGACGUGGGCGACUGGCUGGAGAGCAUCCACCUGGGCGAGCACCGCCACCGCUUCCAGGAGCACGAGAUCGAGGGCUCGCACCUGCCCGCCCUCACCAAGGACGACUUCGCCGAGCUGGGGGUGACGCGCGUGGGCCACCGCAUGAACAUCGAGCGCGCGCUCAAGCAGCUGCUGGAGAGCUGACCCCGCCCCCCCGCCGAGCCCCGCCCCCUGCCCCUCAUCUCCACCCUCCCACCUCCAUGCUUCCUUUCAGGCCUUCUCUCUUUGUGUGUGUGUGUGUUUUUAAUUAAACAAUCAUCUAUUUAUUCUCUGCUCACUUGCAUUGCACUGAAUGGAAGAGCUCUGCCUCCUUUCAUGGUCUCUCCGCCCCUGACCCUGCCCCUGCCUCCGCCCCUGACCCUGCCUCUGACUCCACCCCUGACCCUGUCCCCUGCCCUUUGACCGACCAGCCCCCCCCCCCCCCCCCCCCCGACAUGCAGGCAUCCCUUUGGAGUGAUUCCCAGCUGAAAGUGAAUGUUGCAUGUGUUCACAUAUCUCCCAUCUGUGAAUGCGCGUAUCAACCCCCCCCCCCCCACCUCCACCCCCCCACAUUCUCCUCUGCGCUCAUUCUCACAAAUUCCCCAAGAUUCCCUGCUGCAGUACAAUGGAAUAGAUUGGAAGAAUCUUGUUAGAAAAGGAAAAUUAAGUUGCCUUUUUAAAAAUAUUUCGUCAAAGAUCAAAACCGAUGAACAGGAAGGAGAACGGACCGUUUGUUUCCUUGGUGUUGGAAUUCUGUCCGUCUCACUGGGAUUAGUUUUUUGUUUGUUUUCUUUGUUUUUUGGAUUCAGCGUUUAACAUUGAUCCUGGGGGAGCGUUUCUCUGAAGCAGAUUUUGUUGUUUUCAGAUCAUUUUUACUGACUGUGGUAUCUGCUGUUUUAGGAGAAUGUUUAACCAACACUAGUGGCUUUCUUUCAUAACCAAGUUUGCUUUUGGAAGACUUGUUUUCCAAAGGGAACAGUACAUAGGUGUGAUAUACACAUUUAGAUGACAGCUUUAAAAAAUGAAGAAGAAAAAAAACAUUUGAAUAAAACAAACACCUGUCUCUUACCACUUAAGGGUAAAGAACAAAGUCAAAAGAUUAUCCAAUAUUUUACUUGUGUUUUAACCAGUUAUAUAUAUAUUUGAAAAGAAAAUUAUAAAUAUAUACACAUGAAUAUACAUUUUUUAUAAUUUUACUAAAGUUAUAAACAAAAGCAUAUAUAUAUAUAUAUAUAUAUAUAUAUAUAUGCUCUUAUAUAAAACACUGUUGAAAACGAUCCUUCCUAUGGUGGCCCUUUUUAUUUACGCAGCGUGGGGCAGAGGGGGUGUGGCUUUGUCGCUCUGGGUUUCAGGGGGUCUACUUGCCGUUUUGUCGACGCGCCUGUGAAGCGGCGAAGCUCGGGUCUCCAUCCAGCGACGGGCGGGGGGGGGGCGGGCUCUGUGUCGGCACGGCCGGCGGUAAAGUGCCCUUCGCCGGCUACACGGGACCCGCGCGUCUCCCUCCCUCUCCUUCCCAGCCCCGCCGACGCCGCCGGCCGCCAUUUUGUGUUGAGCGUGUCGCCCCUUGCGCACCCAGCCCCAGACAGAGGCUCACGGUCCUCGUGUCGGUGCGCAGUUUUUGCAGUGUGGACACCUGCCUGGUUUGCCUCUCCUUACAGCGUAACAAUCAAGAUUCACUUCAACCCCCCCCCACAAAAAAAGGCAGGAGUAAGUCACACAGCGCAUAAUGAAUGGACUACGUACCCCCCUCUCUCACCAUGACUGCGCUGGGGCGGGGCACUUUGUCAGGUGGGCGGGGCAGUAAGGGGAAAAGAGGGGCCAGUGGAUCUUCUCUGCCCACUCUGCUGUGGCCCCCCUCUCCCCAACCACGCGGUGGCUGACCUCUCACACUAACAAUGUGGUGUUAUGUUAUUUUUAAGUGAGAAACGGGGAAUCAUAAGAUCUUAAAUCUACAAUUGUAACCAGUAAUCAAGGCUCACUCAAAAUCAGCGCAGACUGCAGUUCGCUGGCUACUUUCUCCUUCUCAUCGCUGGUUUUUGUAGCUUCUGGAAUAUGAUGCUUAGAAAAACUUUUUUUUUUUUAAUUCGCAGAAUUCAGAAUCAAGUUUAAUAAGUUUAGACCCGCUGAAAACUUUACACGUGUAAAUAUGGACAAAUUAAAUGGUGUUUUGCUUUUUAUAAUCCUGAGAAAUGUAAAUAUAAUGGUUUUCAUAUACAUUUUUAAAAUAAAAAAAUAUAGAUAGAGAAAUAUAUAUAUAUAUAUAUAUACUGUAUAUGAAUGUUUGGCAUAUAUGCAUAGUUAACCACCUGUGGAAAAGGUGAGAGUUUAUUCUUUCAAUUACAAACUAUGGACUAGGGUAUAAUUUGCACAAAACUAGGUGCUAACACAAAGCCAUUCAUCUUCAAAGAGCCAUUUCAUGGACCCGCUCCUGUCACAUCCUACCUGGACCCCCCCUCCCUCUCUGAUACCUCGCCCUCUAACCCACCUCCGUACUGUGUCCCCAUCACCGAGGGCCUCGGAGCUGUUUGGUAUGGCGCCCCCAAGUGGAGGAAGAGGAGGAGCGCAGUAAUCUGUGUUGGAGUCCCGCAGCGGGUCCACGUGGGCGGCAGAAUUGCGAGACAGAGGAAUGCAGACGAAGCUUUAUUUCUGUGGUAAAAGAAGAAGAACGGAUGAGAUCGCAUUUCCUCUCAAAAACACGUCAAUCGAGACGAAUUUAAACCCAAUCAUAGCAUUUCGUAACGAGCGGAAAAUGGGUUCAUUCUCCAGCAGACAUCUUUGAUAUUCAUAUUCAUUCAACUGUUGUUGUUUUUGGGGUGGCAGAAUACUAAUAAUGUCACUGUCACCAUUUUUAUAACGUGUGUGUGUGUGUGGGGGGGGGGGGAGGGUGUACAACAAUAAUACUGUAGAAUAUUUCACUUGUGACUUCAGCCAAAAUGUACUGCUGCCCAUUCUAAUAUCAGUUUUUUCCUUUUUUAUUCUGUGAUACCAUUUAGGGGGCAGGAGUAGCCAUUUUACGCCCAUAGGUCAAAAUCUACUACACUGUUUCCUUAAGUAACACUUCGGACCCCUGAAUAUUUUAAAUAUUGUCUGUCCAUGAUAAACCCAAGAUACAAACUGGCUUAAAAUAGGAGGCGAAAUGCCGUGUACUAGGGGCAGAAUUAGUGGGCUGAGCUGCGGUAGAGGGUGGGUGGGGAGACUAAAAAAGCAGUGAAUUCUCAGUAGUUAAAUAUCUGUGCGCUUUUGACACUUUGCCGGUGUUAUUUUGACAAAACAGCACUGGCAGCUCUUGGUUUUUUGUGUCACUUCUCUUUAUUCUUACUUAUUUAUUUUGGAGGUGAGAAAUUUUAUGGGGUGAUAAAAAUUAAAGGUGUUUUUAUUUUUAUUUUUAAGUUGUUUAAAAAAUAAAUAAAUGUGCCAAAAGGUAUUUCACCUGUAUAUCUCCUGACUUAAAAAAAAAAAAAAAAAAAAAAAGAUUUUCCUCUAAUAAUUUUUGACUAUGGUGCCACCUUCUGGAAGUACUACUGACCUGAUCUUUUACUGUAUGUAUCAAUUUAUUUUUUUUGGUGGAAAAACAUGUUUUUGUAAUGGAAUAUAUACACAAAUUACCUGCUUUAUGGGAUUUUCAUUAACAUUUUUAUUCAUUUUGAAAGAAAAUAUCAAAAUAUGUUUUGUUUGAAAUAGUGGUUUAAUAGAUUGUUUGAAUACACCCAAAAUCCAAUAGUAUUUCCCCCUCUACCUCCCCAACCCCUCCCUGACUGUGUCUUAAUCCUGGCGAAGUGAGGCGCAGUUAUGAUUCCCUUUGAUUUUCUGGGUUUUAGGGAUUAUGGGGGGAAAAAAAUAUUUACUCACUGUUUUGUAAAGUUGACAAUACAGUAUUAUAUACUAAUGAAACAAUAUGAAAAAGAUCUUUAAUAAACACAUCAUUCACGUACAUUUGUUCUAUAGGGUCUACGUGGUCAGUCCUGUUUUGAAACAACCAAAAAGCACAAUGUAAAUGGCAAAAAGAUUUCAGAAUCCCACACCUGUACCUAGUAAGGCAUGAGCAUUUGUAGGGGGCAAUUUUGACAAAAACAGGUCAUUUGUAGACAGUCUCUGACUUCUUGCACUGUGAGUUAAGGUGGGCUGGUGGGGUGUCCUGGACUCAGGGACAAACUCACUGUCUCUCCAGCCUCUGUUGCACUUUGCUGCCAGAAGGACCUUAAGGCUGAGUGCAGCUCUCCAUUCAUUAGACUGAUUGUAGAUCUCUGUCAAUCAAUCACCAUGGUGAUACUGGGACUGUCUGAAACAUGUAUAAGAGGAUGGAAAGCAGUGGCAGAGCGGCUGCUAGAUUGACCGUUCAUGACAUUCAUUCAUGCUUUUGCACUAGGUGUAGGUCCAGGACAUUUUCAACCAUCAUUAACUGACAACAAAACUUUAAAAAUUCCCCCUGACCUCAGUCGUGUGUAAUAGCAUAGCUGGCAACCACAAUACACUACACGCAUUUCUGUCUCCUCAUAAAAGAUUGCACGUUUAUUCACACUGUCAUCUUGAGAAAUUUUGAUUUAUUCAUAUAUUGAUUUGUUCAGAUAUUAUACAGAUAUGUAUUCAUUCAGGUAUUACUUUGAUUAAACACUUUUACAUAUAUAGCAAUUGGUGUCCUUUUAAAAUAAAUAAAUGCACAUUUUUGGAGAAAUAAUUUACCAUAUUUAAUCAUCACAAAUGUAACGGUAAUCAUAAUGUUACUACAAUGAGUUUAAGCAGUUUUAAGUUAUCAUUUGGCAUUAAAGUGUUUUUUUCACCCGUUUGAAUUUCACUUCAACCAAUCUAUUGUUUCCCAAGUAAAGAUGUAAAACAUCUAUUUAAAAAAAUUGAUUCAAAGUUUAUUAUUUUCGAACAUUUCUCAUCAUUGUUGAAGGUGCUUUUCAUAGGUAUAUAUAAAGUGAUGCCUAAAAAUAUAAACAAGUUGAAUGGUUUUACGUGUAAGAAAGUAUACUAUUUCCAAAUAAAGGAUUUGUGAUAUAUUUGGAGAUAUUUGGUCAAUCCCUCAAGAGCAGCACCACACCCAUACAGCAUCAGACACUGAGCUGAAUUUUGCAGCAUAUUGGUGAAGUAAGACUACGAUGCUUUCCGUUUUAAGAUGUUGGAAGUAUAGUGUGUCAGUGCAUCACAUACUUCAACGCACCUAAAUUGCUUUACCACAGCCAAGGUCAUCAGAUAUCUGAUGAAUGACAUAUAAUCAAAUAGGAGACAACACUGUUACGUCAGAAUAUGAACUGUCCCAAUCUCAACUGUGAAUCUCCAUCACAAUAAUGAAUAAAACUGUGAGCACCUUAUAAAUGCAUUACUACAAGGGGACUUGUAUCCUGAUUGAUAAACCAUAUUUCUAUAACUUUUUUCCCCAGUAUUAAUUCAGAUGCUAGUCAUUUCAAUCAUAUCUGAUUUCAAUCUGUUGGACGUACACACUUUUUUAAAAUGGCCGGAUAGGUAGCGUCAUAGAGAAGUAGAAUUGUAUUUAGAAUCCUGUGUGUUAUAAAUGUAGGAUAUGUGGAAGAAACAGGAAAUAUAAAUGAAGAGAAAAGAAAACACUGCAACUUGAAUAGGUGGCACAAGCAACUAGAUUGUUUUGUGCAUGAUUAUGAAUCAAUUAUUUUAGCUCUGCAAAUGAAGGAACAAAAUAAACUCUCUCUCACACACACACACGUUUGAAUUUAAAUAGUGUUUAUUAAGCAUUAAUGUACCAGUAUUUGGUGUUUGGUUUAAAUGACUCCCCACAUUUUAAAAAGCCUUUUAACUUUCAGCCAUUUUACUUGUACUAAUGAAAAAGAAAAUGGUUCCCUAUUGCCAGGGAACUUGAAUAGCAUAAUUCUUAGGAUUUUUCCACAGUAGGUAUAUAACACGAUAAGCACAAACGUUUCAGUAACAGUCUCGUCAGUUCAUCUCUGCCUCAGUCUCUGUCUGAUACACCCCAUCUGUGUGCACUGCAGUCUUGCAGAUCACCUGAGAAGUUUCUGUCAGGAGGAACAGGCACAGAUGCCUGCAAAUACUCAUUAAAAUUUCUCCUUUUUAUUAAAAGCGUGCAUCUCACCUUUGUGUAUGGGCUGUUAUAAAAAAUAAUUUGACGUGUAAGAUGAGCCAUCGGACCUUGUCGUUGUCAUACAUCACAGAGAUCUAUGUUUGUUAUAUUAUGUAAUAAAUUUAUAAUGCAAACGAUAA